UUAUGAUGUAUUUUUCAUAACAUGUGAUGUCUAAUGUCAUCUUGUAAAAUUUCAACUUAAAACUAUGGUUUGGGGAGUAAAAUAAACCAAACAAUAGUUUAGGGGGUUAUUUGAACUUUGGCUAUAAUUGAGGAGAGUAAUUUAGACUUUUUUCUUCUCCAAUCUCCAUAGUGUAUUUAUAUGAAAAACUUGUAAUAACUUUUGUAACUUUACUCAAUUUACAGAGAACCAAUUUGAAUUAAACUGCUGCUCAUUUGCAAGCGCAUGAUGAAUGGCUGCUUCUCCCUCAGUUUGAUCUCCUAUAUAUGUCCUCUCGUAGAAUCGCAUGCAGUUCAUACGCUUUGGGCCAGCGCACGGGACCGAACCAGAGGCGCCCCACGAAGGCCGGGCAGCCAAGAGGAGGAUCGGUGUCGCGGCCCGCGCCCGGCGCGCCUUAUAAGACGGCCGCGCCUGCGCCACGGGCAUCGCCGUCUUCGUCCACCCACGCGGAGAGAGCGGCAGAGGCAGGCAGCCGGUGCGUGCCCCUCCCUCCCUCCGUGCGCCCCGAAGACCUCCGCGCCCGGCGCGGCGAGCUCGCGACCGGCCGGACGGCGGCGUGCCGCUCCUCUGGCUAGAGGCUGCUAGCCCCGCCGGCACGCCCACACCCCCUUCAACUUCAAUCAAUAAAAGAAAAGAGGAAAAAUUAAGCAGCAGUCAUGGCGUCCAUCUCCCCGGAGGACGUCCGCAAUGGGAACGUCGAUCUGUCCAAGAUGCCGGUGGAGGAGGUGUUCAAGACGCUCAAGUGCAGCCGCAAGGGGCUCUCCAGCGCGGAGGGGGAGGGCCGGCUCAGGGCGUUCGGCCCCAACAAGCUGGAGGAGAAGAAGGAGAGCAAGCUGCUCAAGUUCCUGGGCUUCAUGUGGAACCCGCUGUCGUGGGUCAUGGAGAUGGCGGCCAUCAUGGCCAUCGUGCUCGCCAACGGCGGCGGCAAGCCCCCCGACUGGCAGGACUUCGUCGGCAUCGUCUCGCUGCUCAUCAUCAACUCCACCAUCAGCUACAUCGAGGAGGCCAACGCCGGGGACGCCGCGGCGGCGCUCAUGGCGGGGCUCGCACCCAAGACCAAGCUGCUGAGGGACGGCCGGUGGGAGGAGCAGGACGCGUCGAUCCUGGUGCCCGGCGACAUCAUCAGCAUCAAGCUCGGCGACAUCAUCCCCGCCGACGCGAGGCUGCUCGAGGGCGACCCGCUCAAGAUCGACCAGUCCGCGCUCACCGGCGAGUCGCUGCCGGUGAACAAGCACCCCGGGCAGGAGGUGUUCUCCGGCUCCACGGUGAAGCAGGGCGAGAUCGAGGCCGUCGUCAUCGCCACCGGCGUGCACACCUUCUUCGGCAAGGCGGCGCACCUCGUCGACAGCACCAACAACGUCGGCCACUUCCAGCAGGUGCUGACGGCCAUCGGCAACUUCUGCAUCAUCUCCAUCGCCGCCGGCAUGCUGGUCGAGGUCGUCGUCAUGUACCCGAUCCAGCACCGCGCCUACCGCGACGGAAUCGACAACCUCCUCGUGCUGCUCAUCGGCGGCAUCCCCAUCGCCAUGCCCACCGUGCUCUCCGUCACCAUGGCCAUCGGCUCCCACCGGCUGUCGCAGCAGGGCGCCAUCACCAAGCGCAUGACCGCCAUCGAGGAGAUGGCCGGCAUGGACAUCCUCUGCAGCGACAAGACCGGCACCCUCACCCUCAACAAGCUCACCGUCGACAAGUCCCUCAUCGAGGUCUACUCCAAGGGCGUCGACAAGGAGAUGGUGCUCCUCUACGCCGCGAGGGCCUCCCGCGUCGAGAACCAGGACGCCAUCGACACUUGCAUCGUCAACAUGCUCGCCGACCCCAAGGAGGCCCGCGCCGGCAUCCAGGAGGUCCACUUCCUCCCCUUCAACCCCGUGGAGAAGCGCACGGCCAUCACCUACAUCGACGGCAACGGCGACUGGCACCGGGUCAGCAAGGGCGCUCCCGAGCAGAUCAUCGAGCUCUGCAACAUGGGCGCCGACGCCGAGAAGAAGGUGCACGCCCUCAUCGACGGGUACGCCGACCGCGGCCUCCGGUCGCUGGGCGUGUCGUACCAGCAGGUGCCGGAGAAAAGCAAGGAGAGCGCCGGCGACCCGUGGCAGUUCAUCGGCCUGCUGCCGCUGUUCGACCCACCGCGGCACGACAGCGCGGAGACCAUCCGGCGCGCGCUGCACCUGGGCGUGAACGUGAAGAUGAUAACCGGCGACCAGCUGGCCAUCGGCAAGGAGACGGGGCGGCGGCUGGGCAUGGGCACCAACAUGUACCCCUCCACCACCCUCCUGGGCGACAAGGGCAGCACGGUGAACGGCAUGCCCAUCGACGAGCUGAUCGAGAAGGCGGACGGGUUCGCCGGCGUGUUCCCGGAGCACAAGUACGAGAUCGUGAAGCGGCUCCAGGACCGGAAGCACAUCUGCGGCAUGACCGGCGACGGCGUGAACGACGCGCCGGCGCUGAAGAAGGCGGACAUCGGCAUCGCGGUGGACGACGCGACGGACGCGGCCCGGAGCGCGUCGGACAUCGUGCUGACGGAGCCCGGGCUGAGCGUGAUCGUGAGCGCCGUGCUGACGAGCCGCUCCAUCUUCCAGCGCAUGAAGAACUACACCAUCUACGCCGUGUCCAUCACCAUCCGCAUCGUGCUGGGGUUCCUCCUCAUCGCGCUCAUCUGGGAGUUCGACUUCGCGCCCUUCAUGGUGCUCAUCAUCGCCAUCCUCAACGACGGCACCAUCAUGACCAUCUCCAAGGACCGCGUCAAGCCGUCGCCCAAGCCGGACUCGUGGAAGCUCAACGAGAUCUUCGCCACCGGCAUCGUGCUCGGCACCUACAUGGCCCUCGUCACCGCCCUCUUCUUCUACCUCGCGCACGACACCGACUUGUUCUCGGACGUGUUCGGCGUGGCGUCCAUCAAGGAGAACGACGGGGAGCUCAUGUCGGCGCUCUACCUCCAGGUGAGCAUCAUCAGCCAGGCGCUCAUCUUCGUGACGCGGUCCCGGAGCUGGUCCUUCGUGGAGCGCCCGGGCUACCUGCUGCUCUUCGCCUUCUUCGCCGCCCAGCUGGUGGCCACCUCCAUCGCCGUCUACGCCGACUGGGAGUUCUGCCGCAUCCAGGGGAUCGGCUGGGCGUGGGCCGGCGCCAUCUGGAUGUUCAGCCUCGUCACCUACAUCCCGCUCGACGUGCUCAAGUUCAUGAUCCGCUCUGCGCUCAGAGACAAGGGCUGCGCCGCCAGCGACCACAACAAGCAGUGAAACAUUUCCGGGCGGUGCUUGUCUCGCGCGGAGCGGAGGGCGUGCACGAACAAAGGAGGACUAGGGGGGCAAGGGCGGCGAGCGCGAGGCACCAGAGGACACUCCAUCCACGGCCUGAACCAGCCUGCAACCUCCUCCGAUAGAUCAUCCAGCCUCCUCGGCAGCAAGGACGCCGAGCUAGGCCACCAAGCGCGCCGAGGUCGCAAGGUUUCCAUCUCCUCGCCGGCCGGUGGCGGUGGCUAGCUAACCAUCACCAUGCCGGUCUUCUUUUCCUGGUGCCUGCAGCGGCGGCCGCCGGAGAGGGAGUAGUCCUGUGUUCUUCGUUUCCUUAAUUAGGUGUACUUGUGUUUGGGUGGGUUUCGAGCGGCAAGAGGUCGGUUGGCUUGUGAAACUGGUGUAUCCGAUUUUGGGUCUGAAUCAAGUAAAUAUGUACCUACGGAGUAUUGUUGUGUCCUUAAUUCUGUACAGCUAUACAGUAUACAACGGUACGGGAAUGGUCAGGGUGUAACGUCCAUAUACAUACGAUAUGACUAAUUGUAUCUACCAUGCAUCUUGUCAGCAGUUUUUUUGGUUCA